AUUAUCCGGAAGAAUUUUUUUCCAUUUUUUAAAUCAAAAUUAAACACACACCGGUUUACAUUGUCCAUCAUUCAUUCAUCGAAUCGGUUCAUUCGCCCGAUCAAAGAUUCGGGUAGUAUAUAAAAACCCAACUGAGAUAACUGUUUUUAUUCUUCGAAUCAAAGAUACAAUCAUCAUCAUCAUCAACAACAUCAAAAUUUUCAUUUCAAAUUGACUUUUUUAAAAUUAUUAAUUAUCAUUCAUAAUGUACAUUAUAAAAUAUUCAUUAAAUGUUUGGUUUUCAUCAUCCUCAUCUUCAUCAUCUUCGUCAUAUUGGAUUUGGUUAACAUUAAUAUCAUCAUUUUUGAUCAAUAAUUUGAUAUCGGCUGAACCGGCUUCAGCUGUUGAACGUGUUAAUUGUCGUCGUGUUGUAUUUCAUCCAUAUUGUCGUGGUAUUAGCGCUAAACGAUCAUCGUUAAAAUUAAAAGAUGCAUCGGAUAGGCCAAAUUCCGUUGAAAAUUCCAUCAAACAAUCAUUACCAAAAAUUUGGCAACAAUUAUUGAUACCGAAUACAAGACAAAAAAUUUUGGAACGAUUUCACAUGGAUAAUUCUAUUCCACGAACAAUGAAAGCAUUCAUCAUUGACAAUAAUAAUAAUAUGGCUGAUCAUAUGACAAAUCAUUCGGAUGAUCAAAUGGAACAAACAGAUUCAAAUGAUUAUGAAUUCAUUAGAAGAACGGAAUCAUUUCAAGUUCCACCAUAUUUAUUUGAUGCUCAUCAAAUACAAUCGUCAUCGUCGUCGAAUGAUGAACGAGCAAUAAAAUCAUCAUCUGAAUCAACAGCAAACAAUAACGAUGACGAUGAAAUAAAUCGAGAAAAAAAUCCACAAAUGUUUCACAUACGAAUGGUUACUUAUCCAGAAUUUAUGCAAUUUUUUUCACGAUUAACACCACCAUCGACAAUAUCCCAACAUCCAUCCAAGUUAUAAAUGUAAAGAUUUUUUUUCUUCUAAAAAGAAAUGAAAAAAAUCUAGCAAAAUACCUUUCAUCAUCAUUUGUUUUGUUAUAUGAUAAAUAAAUAUUG